AGAGCACCAUAGUGUCUCACCAUGUCCAUGUCAGAAGAUAAGAUCUGCACCAACGGUGCUUCCAUAUGGCGCUCAGCGAGUAGCUUAGUGAUGACGGCUAUCGGUCUGGGAAUAUUGGCUAUGCCCCGUGCAAUGGCUCAAUCUGGGUGGGUUGGUGGCUUGCUAAGCCUCUUCCUUAGCACAGCCGUUGCUGCCUUCGGGGCUCUGCUCCUCUGGAGGGCAGCUCUCCUCAACCCUCAGAACAGAGAGACGCCCAUGGCAUCUUUCGAGGCCAUUGGCAGGGCCAGUUUUGGACGAGCGGGUGCUGUUAUCCCUUCCCUUGUUCUACACAUCCUUCUCAUAUUCGUCUGUGCCGCCUUGCUUCUCGUUCUUGCUUCUAGCAUCCUAUCUCUGACCAGAGUGCUGUCUAUAAGAAUAUGGCUACUGAUAUCGGGUAUCGUCUGUUUACCUUUGACGUGGAUAAAGGAUAUGAAAGAGGUUGGCUUGGUUGCUGCCUUCGGAGUGGCGACAGUAGCAGCGGCUGUCAUCACUAUAAUCGUCGCCUGUAUUGCCCACUAUGUGGAGCGGGAAGACGAUCCAGCUUAUCAAAUUUCGUCCCCUUCGCCUCUGGACCUCAUUGCUACGUUCAACAUGUUCGUUCUGUCUUUUACGGUCACUGUCACGGAACCUACCGUUAUCGCUACUAUGGAUAAUCCUCGAGAUUUUCCCAAAGCCUUGGCUCUCGCAUUCGGCUUCAUUCUCCUCGUAUACACGGCUAUAACGAUACUCGGGUAUCUCGCCUUCGGUGAAACACUGCUUCAAGUUGAUACUGUUGUGGACGCAAUAGCACCUCCCGCGGAUUCGUUGACCGUUGUCGCAUGGGUCAUAUACAUCAUCAUGCUACUGCUGGUCGCUGUACAUCUCUUGGUGCUUUUCAUGCCAACAGCUCAUUUCAUCGAUUCUCUUUGCCGAUUCGACGACAUGGGACGAUGGCACACGCCUAGAAGAGCCACAUUGGCUCGUAUUGUUACGCGAUCGUUACAGCUGGGUGCUUGUGUAGCACUGGCAGUGGCAAUACCAAGUUUCAAUCGUCUGGUGAACAUUUUGGCUGCUUUCUGCAUCAUAAUGUUGGCUGUAGUAUUCCCGAUAUUAUUCUACCUCCGUCUGCAUUACUUGAAUAAGGAGCGUGUAAAUUGGAUCGUAUGUGCAGUGGCUUUGCUACUUCUGCUGCUCAGUCCGGUAUUAAUUGGAGCAGGGUUGUAUGUGGCAGUGACAUCUUGAAUUGUCAAGAUCCCAAGUCGGCAUAUGGCGGCAUUCGGGAACUCUUUUCUUUAAUGUGUAAAGCAGUGCUUGCUUUAGACGUCUACAAUAUGCCUCUCCUGCUCUACUACUAGAAUUCUGUUGUAUGAACACAUUCAGUGUUCAGACUUUUUCCUUGGAAUUUUCACGCACUUCUCCUUGUUGUGGGAAGGGGUACAACUCCAUUGUAAAGUCGGUUGUGGUGGCCUACAAAAAUAUUUUCCCCCGUCAUUGAACCAUUCACCCACUAUCAACC